GAACCGCGGGGCGAGGACGGACACGGGUGGGGCGAGACACGGCCGGAACAGAGCGGGCGCAGAGGAGGCGGGCUGGGCUCUCUGACGAGGUGCGAUGUGGCCGCCGGAGCCACGGGCUGGCUCCGGUUCACCGGACCCUCCUGACCUGCUGCAGCACGUCCAGGCGCAGUGCUCGCCGGCCACCCCGCUUUACCUCAGCUUCUUCGAGGAGGAGUGUCGCGCCAUCGCCGCCAGCCUGCGCCUCGGGGCGGCCGCGGAGUCUUCGCUGGGCCUGGGGGAGCUCAGCCUGCUGCAGCCCGAGCCCGCCGGACCCGCUACUUCCACGCCGCUGCCCGUCCCGAGCCACGAGCGGAGCCGGGCCUUGAGCGAAGAUGAUUGCGAGGCCGCUGCUGCCCCGGCCCCAAGGAAGCCCGGGUGCCUCCCGCAGCCCGCGGCUGGCGGUGGCCUCGGCGCCCGUUCACCUCGCCCGCCCCCCCAGUCCCGGCGGGCGCGGCGCGGUCCCGAACAGCCCUCCGGCGGCGGCCCCGGCACCCCUGCCCGCUCCCUGGGCCGAGGCCGCACCAGGCUCCCUCUCCCCCGCACACGGGCCUCGCUGGGGCUGCAGCUCCCCGCGGCCGGCACAGGGCGCGGUGCCUGGGAAACGCGGCUCCUCCGGCCCCCAGCGACCAGGCCGAAGCUGACGUCGCCUGCCAGGUCCAGGCUUCAGUAUGCCAGCGGGGCUUCGCAGCAGGCACAGCCUUCCAGCCUUCCCAAACCUGCCCCCCGGGACAGAGCGAUGAAAAGUAAUUCCGCACCUGCCAGUUGCCUCACGCGAAGCACGGAAGCGCCUGCUGUCAAGGUUGGGAGUCGUAAACAGCCCUCCUCAAGGCUGUCUACAGCAAUUCCUGUGGCUUCCCGCUCCUCACUACGGCUUCCGGGAAAAGUGGUUUCGUCCAAGCAUUUUUGCCUUAAUAAAGGAUCAACUACACAGGAGCUGGUGUGCAAUAGGACCCAAGAGCUGAAGGAAAAUGGUGAGAGCAAAGAAAAUCAGGUUGCAGCAAGGAUUGUCUUGGGUGCAGGUAAACCUAACCAGACAUGGUUGUGCGUGGAGUCCUCUUUGUCCAGAGAGUUGGCCCCUGGCCUGACUUCAUGGCGUGAAGAUGCAGGCCCUGCUGAGCGGUCUGCAGGUGAUCAGCUGUCCCAGGAACUGGAGCAUGUGAAGAAAGAGCUGGAGCGAGUGAGGGGUGAACUUGCUGACAAGACUGCCCAGUGUGAAGCCUAUCAGCAGACAAUCUUCUCCUUGCAGGCUCAGCUCAGAGCAGCAGGUGUGUGCCUUUACUGUGGUGAGCCCUCACUUCUGUGCAGGCUGCAGGGAUGCUCCAGUGAUCCCUUGCUGGUGUAACUGAGGGCUGCAAGGUGGGAGGGGUACAGCUCAUGGCCUUUCCCAGGGGUCAGGAGCUGAGUGCCAAAAGUGUUACUGCUUUGAUGUUGCUGUUGCUUCCCAGGAAUCUGUGUAAAAGAUGCAGCAGUGUUUGACAGAGGUGACCUGGGGAGAGACUGACAGCUGGGACAUGGGGACAGACAACAGCUGUGUGAGCCUCUGGGCCAGUGAUAUAUGUGGAGCUGUUGAAUGAAUUAAUUUCCUAACUCCUUAUAUGUAAAAUAAAGAUGUCUUUUGCAGUAGUGAUUGCUGUCUGCUUGGAUAGAGGCAGUGCCCAGUGCUGCCCACUGAUCCCCAAAGUACUGGGCGAGCAGGGCAUGUCGGUGUUUGGCUACAGCUGGUUUUGCCCAGCCAGAGAUUUGAGGUCUGUUACAAGGAGGAGCUAGGUGCUGGCGGAUGGAGGUACAGUAUAGCUCUGGGGGAGCAUUUCUGGACAAAACUGAUGCUCCCAGGUGGGAUGAUUGGGUGUGGUGGUUGUGGGCAGCUAUAUGGGCAGGUUUCUUCCUUAGACCACCUUCACAUUGGAUGUGGGAAAAGCCAAUGCUGGCUGAUGGCACACUGGGCUUCUGCAG